AUGUUGGACGGUCGUUCCUGUGUUGUUCCGAGGUUGUUUUCCAGCACUUGCCAGGCAGAGAACGACUGGUCUUACAUGAAGUGCUUGCUGGACUUGGACAUCAAGAAUGGAAAGCGCCCUAUGGAGAUUGAUGAUGUUGAGGAUGAGCCCCAGCAGCCAAGGAAAUGUACUAAGAAGUUGGAUUCUUGCAAUAGAGUUGAAAUGGCUCGAAUUUCGUUUCAAAGGCAAUCUAUUGAGGCCAAGGAUUCUGUUGUUUCUCAGAUGGAUCAGGAGACCUUUGAGCCAUUGAGUGUUUGUGAAGGAGUUGAUGGAGAAGACGGAGCUUUGACCGACCGGCUAUCGGGUGAGCAAGACCGGGAGGGUGAUGGUGAUUUGAUGGAUGUUGGUGACAAUCAAUCCGAUGAACAGCAGCAGGCUAGGCCUGGGGAGUCAUCAGAUUUCGGUGAUAGGCUAUCUGAUGGAGAUCGGUUGCAGCAUGGUGAGAAUCUAUUGAAUUCAAGUGAGCAGCAAUCUGAGCAGCAGCAGCAGCACCAUGGUGGGGAUUCUUCAGAUUCCGGUUCUCUCUUGCCACGCAUGAACCGCGACAGCUCAAUCGCAUGUCUCAGCCGCUGUUCAAGGUCAGAUUACGGUUCUCUAGCCUCUCUGAAUAGGAGCUUCCGAAACAUAAUCCAAAGUGGUGAACUGUAUCAAUGGAGGAGACUAAAUGGUAUUAUGGAGCACUGGAUUUAUUUUUCCUGCGCCCUCCUUGAAUGGGAGGCCUAUGAUCCAAUCCGCCAGAGGUGGAUGCAUUUGCCAAGGAUGGCUUCUAAUGAAUGCUUCAUGUGCUCAGAUAAGGAAUCUUUAGCUGUAGGUACUGAGCUACUUGUGUUUGGGAGGGAACUAAGAUCCCAUGUCAUUUACAGAUACAGUCUCUUGACAAACUCAUGGACAUCUGGAAUGAGGAUGAAUGCUCCAAGAUGCUUGUUUGGCUCAGCAAGCCUUGGAGAGAUUGCAAUAUUAGCUGGUGGGUGUGAUUCAGAGGGACACAUCCUUGACUCUGCCGAAUUAUAUAAUUCAGAGACUCAAACAUGGGAAACACUCCCAAGUAUGAAAAAACCCAGGAAGAUGUGUUCUGGGGUAUUUAUGGAUGGAAAGUUCUACGUUAUAGGGGGGAUUGGGGGAAGUGAUUCUAAGGUCCUAACAUGUGGGGAGGAGUACAAUUUACAGACUAGGACAUGGACAGAGAUUCCUAACAUGUCCCCGGGACGAAGUAGUAGGGGUCCUGAGAUGCCUGCAACAGCUGAGGCACCACCUCUGGUUGCUGUUGUGAAUGAUGAACUAUAUGCUGCUGAUUACGCUGACAUGGAGGUUAAGAAGUAUGACAAGGAGACCAAAGUGUGGUUUACCAUUGGGAGACUGCCGGAACAAGCAGUGUCAAUGAAUGGCUGGGGUCUUGCAUUCAGGGCGUGUGGAGAUAAGCUUAUUGUCAUUGGUGGACCUAGGACUCAUGGUGAGGGUUUUAUUGAACUCAAUUCAUGGGUGCCUAGUGAAGGACCUCCACAGUGGGAUGUACUUGCUAGAAAACGUUCUGGCAACUUUGUCUAUAAUUGUGCUGUGAUGGGAUGCUGA